AUGGAUGCAUCGGAUGAUCUCGGCUUCGACUACACACCAGAGUUGCCCAUUGCGAUCUCCUGUGUAGCAGACCGAUACCUGAUAUUCGACGUCAGGGUCGCGACAUGGCUCCGCCGUCAGCAUAACAUCUGCGGGCUCACAAUCGGCAGUCUCCCCCUUGCCCCCUCUCAGAAUCUUUUCCUAGGUAUUCCGGUUGAGAUCAUGCCGGAGGAAGCCCAGUUACUUGCCGAGAGAGGGAUUGGGUAUGUGCUGGACGACGCCCGAGCCCACGACCAAGCGAUCCGCUCUCCGGACUCCGCGAGACGUGCGGAUUACCUGGACAGGCUGCGCAAUCAGGCGAGGCAUGUCGAAGCCGUCAAAGUCCAGGAGAAGGCGGCUUCCAAAAAGCGCGGCCUGGAAAAGCAAUCCAGGAAAGCAGCGGCCUCUUCGGCCUCAAAACCUAUGCUGCCAAAUACUGCGCUUGUCGAUUUUGAUGAGUCGGAGGAUCCCCCGGCCAUGCAGACACCUCCUAUUGGGAAUAGUAGCGCCGACGUAGGCGGCGGUGCUGCCGCCAAACCACCCACGGCAAACGUCAACACGUCAAACAGCUACGGCAUCACACCGGCGACAUCCGACGACUUCCUCCCGCCUUCCCCUCCCACUACCAUCACCACAAUCAAAGAGCUGCCCACAUCCUACCCCCUCUACCGACACCUCCACGACAAAGGCUACUUCAUGACGCCCGGCCUGCGCUUCGGAUGCCAAUACGCUGUGUACCCCGGCGACACGCUGCGCUUCCACUCGCACUUCCUCGCCGUUGGCCGGCAGUGGGACGAGGAAAUCGAUCUCUUGGAUAUCGUUGGCGGCGGGAGGCUCGGCACCGGCGUCAAGAAGGGCUUUCUUUUUGGCGGUGCGAGUCCUACGGGUGAUGUGAGGACGUUCAGUGUCGAGUGGGCUGCCAUGUAA